AAGGGGAGUGAUAUAUUGAUAGUUUCAUCAAAAACGCACUAAUUGCGAUACUUGCAAAUUCACCAUGUUCGGAAGAACCAAUUUUGACCCUCUCGGUCAGUCUGUGAUCAUUGCUGGUGGCUCUAAAGGGCUUGGUCGAGAAUUAGCAUUGCAAUUGGCAGACCGAGGUGCCAAUGUCGCUAUCUUGGGUAGAACUCCUAAGGCCUUGGAAGAAACCCUUCAGGAUCUCCAACAGAAAAUCAAAGGCCCGGACCAAAAGCACAGCUCUACAGUAUUGGAUUUAACAGAUGCGGCGCAAGUAACAAAUUAUAUUGACUCGCUCCCAGAACCUCCAUCUAUCCUGUUUUGUGUUGCGGGUGGGACGGCAAGCGAAAUUGGAUUCUUCGCAGACAUCGCAGCAGAGGAUAUCAGAAGCUGUAUGGAACGCAAUUAUUUUGCCGCUGCGUUCAUUGCGCAUGCCGUGUUAAAGCAAUGGCUUGCCAGACCCCCUCCUUUUAAACAACGGCGCCAUAUAGUAUUCACAGCUUCUACAGCAGCUUUUGUUGGUCUUCCGGGUUAUACUGCGUAUACACCAACCAAGACCGCCACACGAGCUCUAGCCGACACUCUCCGCCAGGAAGUACUAUUGUAUCGGUCUCAACAGGACAUCCGCGUUCACUGUAGCUUCCCUGGAACGAUUUACACCGAUGCAUUCUACGAAGAGCAAACCCGGAAGCCGGACCUCCUGAAAGAGCUAGAGGGCUCCAAUAAGGAAAAUAGCGGGUUGACGGCAGCCAGAGCAGCUGAACUCACGAUUGAGGGGCUCAAGCAAGGCAGGUUCUUUAUCACUAUGGAUAUGGAGACGGAGCUUCUGCUGAAUAAUAUGCGCGGGCCAAGUCCCCGAUAUUGGUCGGUGUGGGAUUGGAUUCUUGGGCUUUUGGCUUCGCUUGUCUGGCCCGUCUUUCGUAUCAUGCACGAUCGCAAGACGAGCCAGUAUAGAAGAGAGCAGCGUAAGAAUGAGUGA